AUGUUCGGGUUGUUCGCAAUCUUUGGAAACCAACACGAUCAAGCGUCGAAAUCGACCGAUUCAAGCAAGCCUUGCAUAUUUUGUAAAGCCUCGAGAGACAACGGUUUUGACGUUGUCUAUGAGGACGCCACCUAUGUGGUCUUUCGUGAUAACAAUCCCUCGGCAGAACAUCACCUGCAGGUCAUUCCGAGGAUCCAUAUAAAUAGUGUCAAAUCUCUCGGCAAAUCAGACGCUUCAAUGUUACGUGAUAUGCGUGCUUUGGGCGAUCUCAUGCUGGAUAGGCUGGAGAUUCCGCGGACCCGACGUAGAUUAGGUUUUCAUAUACCACCAUUCAAUUCGGUCAAUCACUUGCAUAUGCAUGUUCAGGCAUUGCCAUACAGGUCAGCCUUUCGACAGUACAAGUACCCCGUUAGCAUGGGAGGAGAAGGAUAUCACAAAGGGUUUAGCUGGUUCAUCACUGUUGACCAAGCUAUCUCCAUGUUGGAAAAUGGCGCAAAGAUCAGAGUUUUGAAAUGUUAG